UUCCAUCACUCCCAAUUUUGAGACCUUUCAUCCACAAUCAUAUCUAAAUAUCUCAUAAUAUCAUCUGAACUCUAUCCAUCCACAAUUUUCAAAUUUUUAUCCACUACUGCAAUGGUUUACUGGAAGCUUCAAUGGCGACUCCAAUGGCGUUAGCUUCUUCAUCCUCUAAUUUCCUUUCCCUUCCGCGCACUGCAACGCACCUUUCGUUCUCGCCAAAGUCGCCGGUGCUCUAUCCCAAGCCAUGCUUCUCUAUAUCUUCCCUCGCCUCUCCGGAUUUAGACCCAUCGUUACCCUCAAACGUUCACACCUUCUGGCAAUGGCUUCGCCAGGAAGGCAUGGUCUCCUCCAAGACUCACGUGAAGCCGGCAAUUUUCCCUCAAGGCCUCGGACUGGCUACAACCAAAGACCUGUCCAAGAACGAGGUCGUUUUGGAGGUUCCCAAACGAUUCUGGAUAAAUCCUGACGCGGUUACUCAUUCCGAGAUUGGAAAUGCGUGCAGUGGAUUGAAGCCAUGGGUUUCUGUUGCUCUGUUUCUGAUUAGAGAAAAUUUGAAGGACGACUCGCGUUGGCGACGGUACCUCGAUAUUCUCCCGCCACAAACGGAUUCGACUGUGUUUUGUGCAGGUCUGAAGAGGAGCUUGCAGAGCUCCAAGGAACCCAACUUCUGAGUACGACUUUGAAUGUAAAAGAAUAUGU